GUAGAAGAAGAGUAGCCUCCCUCGGCGCCACCAUCUUGGCUCUGCGGGUCCGUCCCUCUCUUAUUGAUGUUCCUGGUCAUCGAACGCGAUUUUCAACGAAAGCAUUGAAUUUUUCUUCUUAAAAUGGACAGCAUUGGGGAUGUUGCCGUUGGAGUGAAGAGAGGAUCCGAUGAGCUGAGUAUGUACAACAAUCCCAACUCUGGAAUGAGCAGUUUGAGUGACGGAACGUCCAACGGCAGCGAGAGUAAAAAGCAGAGGGUCGAGGAGGCACCACCGUCUCGAGUGCUGCACAUAAGGAAGCUGCCUAAUGAAGCAUCAGAGACGGAAGUCAUUGCUCUCGGUCUGCCCUUUGGAAAAGUCACCAAUAUCCUGACUCUGAAGGGAAAGAACCAGGCGUUUUUGGAGAUGGGCACAGAGGAAGCCGCCAUCACUAUGGUCAACUACUACACCACUGUCACUCCUCAUAUCCGCAACGUUCCAGUUUUCAUUCAAUACUCCAACCACAAAGAGCUGAAAACUGAUGCUGGGAAUCAGAGGACACAGGCGGUUCUUCAGGCGGUGUCAGCGGUCCAGUCUGGAGGUUCCCCGAGCUCCGACAUUCAGGAGGUUCUGGCGGCGGCUUUAAGCCCAGUUCUGAGGAUUAUCAUCGACAACAUGUUCUACCCCGUAACCCUGGACGUGCUGCAGCAGAUUUUCUCCAAGUUCGGGACGGUCAUGAAGAUAAUCACGUUCACCAAGAACAACCAGUUCCAGGCUCUUCUGCAGUUCAGCGAUCCUGUCAAUGCUCAGCAGGCCAAGCUGGCGCUGGACGGUCAGAACAUCUACAACUCCUGUUGCACUCUGCGCAUUGACUUCUCCAAACUGGUCAACUUGAAUGUGAAGUACAACAACGACAAGAGCCGCGACUACACGAGGCCCGACCUGCCGGCGGGUGACGGACAGCCCAGCCUGGACCCCGCCGUGGCCGCCGCGUUCAGCAAAGACUCCAACUCGCUGCUCGGUAAGAUCCCAGGUGCCCUGACCCCGCUCAGUGCAGCGGCGGCGGCCGCGGCUGCUGCAGGAAGAGUUGCACUGGCGGGACAAGCCGGGUCCAGUGGGGUUCUGUUAGUCAGCAACCUCAACCAGGAGAUGGUUACGCCCCAAAGUCUGUUUACCCUCUUCGGCGUGUACGGUGAUGUCCAGAGGGUGAAGAUUCUUUACAAUAAGAAGGACAGCGCGCUCAUCCAGAUGUCAGACGCCAACCAGGCCCAGCUAGCAAUGAGCCACUUGAACGGCCAGAAGAUGUACGGGAAGAUCAUUCGGGUGACGCUCUCCAAGCACCAGACGGUGGCGCUGCCCCGGGAUGGCUUGGACGAUCAGGGCCUGACCAAGGACUACGCCAACUCCCCGCUGCACCGCUUCAAAAAACCAGGCUCCAAAAACUUCCAAAACAUAUUCCCGCCGUCCGCCACCCUUCACCUCUCCAACAUCCCACAAGACGUCGGCGAGGACGACCUGCGACUGCUCUUUUCCAACUCCGGAGGCACCGUGAAGGCCUUCAAGUUUUUCCAGGAUCAUAAAAUGGCCCUCAUCCAAAUGUCAACGGUGGAAGAAGCAAUUCAAGCCUUAAUUGACCUUCACAACUACAGCAUGGGAGGAAACCAGCACCUGAGGGUCUCCUUCUCCAAGUCCACCAUCUGAGGAGCCGGAGGGAGACCGACUUUCCCGCUGUACCUCUGUAUUUCCUGUCGGCAAAAACUUCGACGUGUUGAUUGUCCAAACAGGUUCGAUGUAGAUCAAUGUUCAGCUCUUUAAACUUGGUUAGGAAGUUACAGCACUUCUGUGCCUUAUUUGAGAACCAUCACCACAGUCAGGAACAUCCGCUCACAGCUCCGACCACGUCAGUCAGUCUCUGUUUCUUUACUUCAAUGUGAUCAGUGGUUUUUAGGACGGUGAUUCCGAUGCCUGCCGUGUUUCCCAUCUCUGGUGAUUGUCAGUGGUUUUCUGCGCAUGUUGUGUUGGCAUCUGACAUCAAAAGUCCACUGUGAUUUGGUUGUGGUGUCAGGAGAGAGGGCUACUUUGUUGGACCAAAGCUUCUGUGCCUUCUGUGUUCCUUUAAAAUUCCUGUGAUUUUUUUGGGGAAAAAAAAAACAAAAAACUUGUGUUGAUAUGAUGGUUGUAUUUUUUUGCUCACAUUGUUUUAUACCGCACACAACGACCGGCUUUGCGCUUGAGAGAGAGAGGCGACGUUCAGAGAUGGUUUAUUUUCUACAGAGUUUCCCGUUUUCAAACUCCCCUGGAUUCUGAGUGUUUUUUGCAUUUCCUCUGUAGCAUGCCGAAUAAACUCUUCUGUAGCACCGCUUGCCUGGUGUCU